GGACCCGGUGGGGUGAGCAGAGGGGAGGAGUAAUCGGUCUCAGUGACCGGUCUCAGUUCGUCUCCUUCCCGUGUCUUUCGGUGCCGGCAAGGCCUGCCCUGGCCUUGGCUCGCCGGUGGGCGGGCGGGCCCAAGGUGUACCGUGGAGCUAUGGCGCAGCGGAGGGCGGCGGAGCGCGGGCCUUGCCAAGCGGCGGCGAGUGCCAAGCACCAGCGGCAGCUUCUAGAAGGAAAAGCUCAGGCAGAAGGUGGAUCAGCUCGGACAUCACUGCUUAUAUUAGUGUCCAUCUUCUCAUUGGCUGCUUUCCUUAUGUUCCUGGUAUAUAGAAAUUUCCCACAACUUAGUGAAGAAGAAAGAGAAUGUAUAAAGGUUCCUAGAGAUAUGGAUGAUGCGAAGGCCUUGGGGAAAGUUCUGUCCAAGUAUAAGGAUACAUUUUAUGUUCAAGUGUUAGUGGCUUAUUUUGCCACAUAUGUUUUCUUGCAAACGUUUGCUAUUCCUGGGUCUAUAUUUCUCAGUAUCCUGUCAGGGUUUCUUUAUCCCUUUCCAUUGGCCUUAUUUCUUGUUUGUCUGUGUUCUGGACUUGGAGCUUCAUUUUGCUAUAUGCUUUCAUACCUAGUGGGACGUCCUGUUGUAUACAGAUAUUUAACAGAAAAAGCAGUAAAAUGGUCAGAACAGGUAGAACGACACAGAGAACACCUCAUUAACUACAUAAUAUUUUUGAGAAUAACACCUUUUCUUCCCAAUUGGUUUAUCAAUAUAACAUCUCCUGUAAUUAAUGUGCCAUUGAAAGUAUUUUUCAUUGGCACUUUUCUAGGUGUGGCACCACCAUCUUUUGUAGCCAUUAAGGCAGGAACAACGCUGUACCAACUUACAACAGCAGGGGAAGCUGUUUCCUGGAACUCUGUUUUUGUUCUCAUGAUUCUAGCCAUCCUCUCCAUCCUACCAGCUGUCUUCCAGAAGAAACUGAAACAGAAGUUUGAAUAAGGAUCAGACUGGACCAGAAUUUUCCAUACUUCAUCUCAGGAUCAGCACUUCUGAUAUUUGUAUAUUUGCUUUUCUAUUGGAUCUUAAACAAUUAAAGAGGAGGCUUGUAAUUGAUAAGAAUGUCUUUAAAUGAACACAUGGCCCAGAACUGAAGGAACUGUGUUCAGAAAUGUACUACAUACAGUUUUGUAACCAAACCAUCAGUGUUUUACUUUGGGAGGGGGUGUGUGCGGCACUGAGGAUGAGGGAAGUGUAAACACAGAUUGAACAUUUUGCUCUGAUUAUAUGCAGAGCAAAAAAUGUAAUGUAGACAUAAACUACAGAUACUGCUUUCUAAAACUUGGAGGAAACCUUAAUUAUUCAGUCCAGUUUUGUAAUAUUCUCUGUAGGCAUGCAUGUGAUCUGGUCUGGGUGCAUUUCCUCAUCAACAAUAUUUCUGUUUUUUUUCCCUUGGGAGUUCCAUGAUAAUAACAAUAUAAUAACGGUGCUCACUCAGAAACAAAGGGGGUUUUGCAGUACUUUAAUUGCAAUGAUAUUCUCAUUCUGAUUGUUUACUUCUACUUAUUAGCGCUGUGUGGAUUUAAAUACUUGAACUGACAUCUGCUUUAACAGAUUUAACUGGAUUAACAAUGGCAAAGUGUCACAUCAUUCCCUCUUGUCCUCUGUAAAGUUUUAUUCUGGGGAAGAUAUGAAAAGGGAGAGAGCAGGUUAGAAUUAUGAUCGUUGCUGGUUGAUGAUUCUGACUUUCUAAUUUUUAUUUUUUUAAUGUUGAUUAUUUUGCCAAUAUUUCACUUGCUUAGAUUUAUCCUGCCCAUUUAAGAAAAUGAUUGUAUGAUCAUAUAAAACUUUCAGUUCUCAAAAAUUUAAAAAUGUUUAAGCAAUUGUCAUAGUUUAGCCCUAGCCAGUAACUUAGCACCACGCAGCCAUUUGCUCAUUCUCCGUUUUGCCCCCCCUCCACAGGGCAGGAUGGGGUGGAGACUCAAAAGAAUGUAAACCCCACGGGUUGAGGUAAGAACAGUCCAGUAACUAAAAAAAAGUAAAAUAUAGUGAUAAUAGAUACCAACAAUAAUAACAAAAAUUAUAGUAGGAAAGGAUAACAACAAAGAAAGCUCAGAAAACACAGUUGCUGAUCGCCUGCUGACCACUACCCAGCCAGACCUGAGCAGCGAUCGGUCCUUUCUGGGUGACUCCACCCAGUUUAUAUGCUGGUCAUGACAUGCUGUGGUAUGGAUGUGGUAGCCCCUUUGGCUAGGUUGGGUCAGGUGUCCUGUCUCUUCUGCCUCCUGCCUUCUCCUGCCCCCCUCCUCACUGGCAGAGCAUGAGAGACUGAAAAGUCCUUGACCAGAGUAAGCACUGCUCAGCAGUAACUCAACUAUUGGUGUGUUACCAGCAUUAUUCUCAGACUAAAGCCAAAACACUGAACUAAAACUAAAGCACUGCAACAGCUGCUAGGAAGAAAUUUAACAGCUGAAACCAGGACUGUAUCUGCCCCUUAUUCUAUAGCAUUUAUAUCAAGCUCAUGUUCCACAUUUUCCAGUAUACCAGUAUCCUUUUUGUCUCUUUUAGAUAUGUAUGUGUAUAUACAUAUAUACACACACACACACAGAGAGAGGUAUCAUUCCUUAGGCCGUGGGCCAUCCCUAUGAAGUUUGCUGCAUUCAUUCAGUCCAUGAUCUGUUGUAACAGUUCUUCAGGGCAGGAGACAUGGUGUGUGGUGUUAGACUGUUGCCUGAUGAUGUCACCACUGAUCUCAUCUGGUCUCAUCAAAGUUCAUUCUUUGUUGGGGUGAUGAUCUGAGGGAAGUCAGGUUCAGUUGAUGGUGACCUGAGGACAGUACUGGGAGACUCCUGCUGCUGCUGCCAGUUUUUCCCAUGACUUCUCUGCCGAUGAUGAUGACAGUACAUAUUUUCAGAGCCCGGAGUGGCAGAGAUGGGCAUAUAGCUGAUGGGCUAUAGAAGCCUUAUAUAGCGGGCAACAGCGUGUAAUUGAGUUUAUUGGCUGUUUUCUCCCCAAAUUAAAUCCCCUUGAGGUACACACCAGACUUCUGCAUCUUCUCACAUUACCCACCAAGUAUAUCCAGGUUCCUGAGCAAAAGCAAUCUCAUAAGUGGGUUUGCCUUUACCUGAAGCAGGAAUAACCCAGACUGUCUUCCCCAGCAAUUUAUGUGCACCACAGGAACUUCAUCCCCCUCUGCAGUACAUAAAAGUUCUGAUUGGGCUGGGCUAGCCCUGUUGACAGAUCCCCUAGUGUUGACCAGCCAUGUGGCUUUUGGUAAAUGUGUAUCCCAGUGUUUGAAAGCCCCACUGCCCAUUGCUCUCAGUGUAGUUUUUAACAGGCCAUUGUACCAUUUGAUUUUCCCAGAGGCUGAUGGGGAUAUGCUGUGGGGACAGUCAUGAUGUGCUGUGGUAUGGAAGAAUCUGCUAGGAAGAAAAUUAGCUGUUAAGCUGAAACCAGCACAGCAGUGUAAUUUUAAUUGCCAUUUCUCAAGUAUAAAAUUUCCCAUUGCAGGUUGAUUAGCUAGAAGACAUGUCAGGUAGGCAAACUGGUGCAAUUCUUACUAAAAAGCUGAUUCUGAAUAAUACUCAAAGCAUCAUGUAACAGAAGGUUUUUGUGUCAGUGUAUAUAAAAUUGACAGGAUUGUUCUAUUGUCUGGUAAGUCAGUAACUGGCAGGGGGCAACCAGCUAUGAUUUACUUUUAAGAAGACGUAUAUAUAUUCACUCAGUAAGGUAUAUGAUACCUCUCCUUGUAUGCUUUUAACUGUUGUAGCUUGUAAUGUUAGUGGAAUUCCAUAAAGUGAUGCCCUGAUCAGCAAAGAACUGGGGUGUGCAUUAAAGUUUUAUCCUACUGAAACCAGUGCUGCUUAUAUGCUUUAAGUUGGUACCCCUAAAGUAUCUUGCUGAAAUGGCAGUUGGCACAUUAGCCUAUGCUCCAAUUCAAUCACUUAUUUGUGUCUUCAUGUUACCAUACGAUAGAUCAUUGAGAGCAGUUCCAUAAAUGUGAUAAUGUGGAAGGUACUGCUACCAUAUAGAGUUUUGUUUUUUUUUUGUAACAUAAUGUUAAUUGACUCCUUCACAGUAUUACAUGUAAAUAUUCAGUAAAUAUUGUUGAUAUACUGUCUUUUAUUUAAAUUCAGGCUGUACAGUAAAUGGUAUUUUUGACAUAGAUGGGUAAAGAAAUCCAUAUCACUACUGUUUGCAAGUUUAUUGUAAGAGCAUUUAGCCUCAGCAGUUGGUUUGUUAUUAGAAUUUACUCUAAAAGUGUACAUUAUUGGCAUCUAAAACUGAGCAGUGAUUACGUCUGUUGCUGCAGGUUUGAUCUCAGAGGUUGCCUACCCAGGGGAUUUAUUCCAUAGUAAACUUUAGUGUGAAUUUAGCUGUUGUAAGCAAGUGUCUCCUGGACUGUUGGCGUGUGAAGGUGCUGUACAUUUACAGCCUACUUUUCUGCAUAGUUAGUUUUUCGUGCAGAGGAACUGUCAGAAUAAACUACUUACUACUUAUUGCCCAGUGUUUUUCUUAGAACUUGUCUCAAUCUCUGCAGAUGCUUUUGUGAAAUCCUUUCUGUGCUAUAUAAAGCCAGUGUUUGGUGGAACCAAGGUUCUAAAGACUAAAGAGGGAACACUAAAUGCUAAAGAAGGAACUGAACUUUUUCAGUUUAACGUGAAUCAUGCUAUUGCUUGACAUUUUCACUUGAGUUGUAUUUCACUGUGUAGAUGGGAUCAGGCUAUGCCAUUGAAAAACCUGUUGUGUUUCAGCCAUGGACUGUGUUCCCAUCACAGUGGCUAAAAGCCUUAAGACUUUAAAAAGGUCAAAAAUAAGGUUCUUUCCUUUUGCAAGACCCUAGUGUUUUGUUUUUUUUUUAAACCUGUUCCUUCUGUUGUUGAUCUUCAGCUGCCUAUGGCCCCAAGUAGUUUCCUACCCUCAUGAGGACUAGGGGUGGUAAGGAGUAAGGAAGGCCUUGUGAAAAAAGACAAAAAAGCACUGUGUUGUGGAAUACUCUACUAGCCUACAUUUUUAGGGACUCCAGCAAGUGAUCCAAGAGAUAGCUGUAAUAUGUUGAUAGGAAGAGAGUGACUACCAUGAAAUGAACCAGGACACACAGGUGUAGCUUUGAUUUUACUUGCAAGGAGUUUUGAGCUGUUAGGUGACCUACCUUUUGGAAUGUUUUGUGAUGCCUGCAUGACAUCAUCACUAAAUGUCUCUUGCUGUUUGAUAAUAAAGCUAUUACAUAAAACAUG